CCUCCCUGGCAGUGUGGAAUCCACUGAGCAUCCAUCACUGGUAGGACACACAACUCUCACACUGCACUGUGGAAUUUCCAGACUUCUCACUUCUGCAGCAAUGGAUUACAAGGUUCUGAUGAUUUUGCUGCCAACCCUUGUUCUGCUAGCUAAAUGUGAGAUCAAGACUAAACCAGAUAGAACUGCCGAGAAGAAAUUGGUUGGGGUAUCUACCAAAUCUACAACUAAGAAGCCUAAACAGGAUGCCAUAAAACGUCCACCAAAGGUCAAACCCCCAGCAUCUCCAACCCAGAACCAGGCAGGAGGGUCCAUUCUCUCCCAAGUCGUGCAGAGAGGAAAGUUCCAGCAGGUUGGUGAGACAAUUACUGUGAAGGCCGGCCAAACCUUGGAUCUUCGCUGCAAGGGAACCUCAGUCCGAUGGAACUACCCCUACUACCUGCAUGAGGAUGACGAGGGAAGACUCAAGGUUAAACACUUUGGCCGCUACAGUCAGCUCAUUGUGUUGAACACCACAGCAACAGAUACUGGUGAAUUCAGCUGUGGUGGGUAUCAGUGUACUGGUGAUGGCUGCCAUGACGGCGAGGAGAGGACUGGCAAGACUUUUGUGUUUGUCACAGAUCCCCAGGAGCUCUUUGUCCCAACUGAAGAUUAUUAUGUGGUUGUCCAGAUGCGUACAAGACAACCAGCUCUGCUGCCCUGCCAGGUCACCAACCCAUUGGCUAAAGUGACUUUGCAUCGAGAGUUCCCACCAGAGCAGAUCCCGGUGGAUGGGGUAAAGAUCGCCUUUGACCAGAAGAAGGGAAUCGUCAUAUAUCAACCACAGGUUUCUCUUGCCGGUUCUCUGUAUUGUAUUGCAGAGUUCGAAAACCUUCGCCAGAUGUCCACCAAGUAUAUGUUGAUCUACGUACACUAUCCAUCAGCUCCACCUAAACCUACAAUUGAAGCAUCGGUGAAGUCAUUUCGAGCUGGAGAGAACUUUGUUGUCACUUGCACUGUUCUGGGUGAUCUGGAAAUUGGCGUAGAUUUCACCUGGGCUUUUCCCGGGCAGAAGAUUGGUAGACCUCCUUAUGUCCGAGAGAGCACUACCCAGACCAGAAGAGGUGGCCAGUUGCUGCAAGAGUCCCAAAGUGUCUUGAGUAUUGACGAAUCUCGAACAGGGGAUGACGGCACCUAUACCUGCACUGCUCAGAACCUUCAGGGGAGCACCUCAGUGAGCACAAAAGUUUCUGUCCUCUCUGCUGCUGUCUCGGCCAGAGCCAGAAACCAAAGAUAAUACCACAGGUCUUGUUUUACAAAGGUGUAAGUCUGUAGACUAAUGAGCUCAUGGAACUUUGUGGACACCACAACCAUGUGACUGCAAAAUUAAAAAUAAUCCUUUGUGCAGUGUUGAAAAGACUGGUUUUUCAGCCUUAUAGUAUAUCAGUCCCUAAAGACAUGGCCUUGUAUUAGUUACAUACAGUAAGUGUAUUAAAGUGUACAUCCUAUAUGAAGUUA